AUGUCAGGAAGACAUACCUAUGGCUUAGUGGCCCAUGAGCUCGACGAUUUAUCAAUUGUCGUUACAUUCACACCACCGCCAGGGAGGAAAUACCCCAAAACACUGAAACUUUUGCUUACUCCCAAAGAGAAUAAGACCUACAGUGUCUGCCAUCACAGCCUGCCUAAUAGCAUCCCUGUGCAACAGCUUGAGGCAGAGUUUUUGGGAGAUCGAAUAGGAGAAGAUGGUAAAGAUGGUGUCCGAAAGUUUGUCACUGCCCUGUCCCAGUAUACGAGAGCCUUUUUCAUAAGAUAUAAUCACGUCUCUAUAUUAGAGGAAGCAAAAAUGUUUGAUUCACGCAUUCACACCAACAGUGACUGUACAUUAGUGUCGUUGUUGAUUGAAGUAGCUGCGGAGGCUGAAGCUGGGAUGUCCCGGUUUGAAUUUGUGCUGGAGUACAAGCUUUUGGAGAUUUAUCCUCAUGAGGUCAAAGUCAGGUUUGUUGAUGGUGUUGAGACAGGAAAGGAAAUAAAGGAGCAACUUCAAGAAGCGAGCAUAGAUAUGAAGACCAGGCGCCCUUCCCUGACGUCAUCUGUUCAAUGUUUGUCGUGCAGGAGUCAUCGGACAGCCGAGAAGAGGAGACGGAUGAUGACUCUGGCAGCACAAUCCUCUUUGACUUUAAAUAAGAGACAGGAUUGUUUUGUCUAGACUGCUGUUACUAUUUUUAACAUUUGACUUUUAGUGAAUAUUGAUUCAUUAAUGUCUGAAGCAGUUUGGAUUGCUUAGAAAAUGGGAGAUUUUUACACUUCAUUUUUGUCACAAAUAUAUAUAUUUUUUCUUUCAUGUUUUUCUUUCAUGUUUUUUCUUACAUAAAAAUUCGACUGUUUUUGAUACAUUUUUAUAUAAUGAAAUUAGAUAACUCUUAUUAUUGUAUAUAUUGUCAAAAAUAAAUGGAGAAAUCUU